UCCCAGCACCCGAAUCGCAGCUGGAUCCUGUUAUUGGCCAACUCUUGGACCGAGGGGUGUCCCCUCUUUACAACUACUAUAUCCCGGGCUGCAGCGAUUGAGAGCUGCUGAGAUUUAACACUUCAGCACCUGCUGCCAUUGGGGGAAGCAGUGUUGGAGCUUCGGCUUCUUGGUUUUUUUCUCCUUCCUUGGGUACCACACACAACCGCAACCGUGUCUCGCCAGCGAGCAAAGAUGUCCAAAGUGGCCAAAUAUCGGCGACAAGUUAGUGAAGAUCCGGAUAUUGACAGUUUGUUGUCUACUCUGUCUCCAGAGGAGAUGGAAGAGCUGGAGAAGGAGCUGGAUGUGGUGGAUCCAGAUGGAAACAUCCCUCUGGAGCUCAGUCAGAAAAACCAAACAGAAAAUUCCCCACCUGGCCCGCAAAACUGCGACACAAUGCUCAAUCACUGCGAAAAGGAGACCAGGAAACGUAUUCAGAGGGAACACUCGAUAGACGAAAGCAGAUUGGGUGAGAAGAAUAAGGGAGCCAAGAAUGAAGAAGAAAAGGGAAAGGAAGCUCCUUCCAAAGACCUGGCCCGGAAACGAGAUACAAAAGUGGGGAAAGACUCUAAAAAGGAAGACAGUGUUCAGAAAACAGACCCAAAAGUUAAAGCAGAGGCUGAAACCAAGACCAAAGAGGAGAAGGCUAUCAACGAUAAAGUCAAGGCCAUGGAGAAAAAGCUGAUGGGAAAGGACAAAAAGGAGGAAGAUAAAGGUUCAGUGUUGAAGAAGGACACAGGGAAGGACAAAAAGGAGGAAGACAAGGGAUCAGCAUUCAAGAAGGACACAGGGAAGGAUAAAAAGGAGGAAGAAAAGGGCUCAGCUUUAAAGAAGGAUACAGGGAAUGAUAAAAAAGAAGAAAAGGGCUCAGCUUUAAAGAAGGAUACAGAGAAUGAUAAAAAAGAAGAAAAGGGCUCAGCUUUAAAGAACGAUGAAGGGAAGGAUAAAAAGGAAGAAGAAAAGGGUUCAGCAGCAAAGAAGGAUUCAGGGAAGGACAAAAAGGAAGAAGAAAAGGGUUCAGCAUUGAAGAAGGGCCCAGGGAAGGAGAAAAAGGAGGAAGAGAAGAGUUUGGGAUCACAGAAACAGGCAGAAAAAGACACAAAAUGUGAAGAUAAGAGAGAAAAAGACAAAAAGGAAGAGGAAAAGGGUUCAGCUUUGAAAAAAUCAAAGGCAGACGAGAAGGAGAAAUCCCAGCCAGAGGCAGAAAAGGCACCGGAGGAGAAACAGGAGGCCAAGGUGGCAGCUGAGAGCAGCCCCUCCAAGCCCACCACAUCCUCGGAUCAGGCCAAGGAUGACGAAGCCUCCAGCAUUUUCGAUGAGCUCAUCGAGAAGGUGAAGAACAAUGACGCCGAGGUCACCGAAGUGAACGUGAACAACUCGGACUGCAUCAACAACGAGACCCUGGUGCGCUUCACCGAGGCCCUGGAGUUCAACACCGUGGUCAAGCUGUUCGCCUUGGCCAACACCCGUGCCGACGACCACGUGGCCUUCGCCAUCGCCAUCAUGCUGAAGUCCAACAAGGUGCUGACGAGCAUCAACCUGGACUCCAACCACAUCACGGGCAAGGGCAUCCUGGCCAUUUUCCGGGCGCUGCUGCAGAACAACACGCUGACGGAACUGCGUUUCCACAACCAGCGGCACAUCUGCGGGGGGAAGACGGAGAUGGAGAUCGCCAAGCUCCUGAAGGAAAACACCACGCUCCUGAAGCUGGGCUACCACUUCGAGCUGGCCGGACCACGCAUGACAGUCACCAACCUGCUGAGCCGAAACAUGGACAAACAGAGGCAGAAACGCCUCCAGGAGCAGAAACUGGCACAGGAGCGUGGGGAGAAGAAAGACCUCCUGGAGGUGCCCAAGCCUGGAGCCCUGCCAAAGGGGUCCCCCAAGCCAUCCCCACAGCCGUCCCCCAAGGCUUCCCCUAAAAGCUCUAAGAAAGGGGGAGCGCCCGCCGCGCCGCCACCACCUCCUCCUCCACUCGCCCCACCGCUGAUCAACGAGAACCUGAGGAACUCGCUCUCGCCGGCCACACAGAGGAAGUUGGGAGACCGGGCGCUGCCAGUCCAGGAGAAGAACUCACGGGACCAGCUCCUGGCAGCCAUCCGCUCCAGCAACCUCAAACAGCUCAAGAAGGCAAGUGCAGGGCUGCAGUGGGGGUCACCCCGGGGUUAG